AUGCCUUUUGGAUCGCCGUCCGUCAGUUCUUACCAGAACAGCCUGCGAGAGAGAUGGAAACAUGAGAUGCUUGAUGUACCAGUAUUCCGUCGUACCAUUCACACUGUCACACUGUACAGGGAGCAUGCAUUUCUGCAGACCGUGCAUUGCCGUAUGACACGUUCAAUCAGCACCUUCCAACGGCCAUUCACGGGCAGACAUCUUCGAGCACUACUACAUCUCGCAGAAGGUGAAACGGGGAUGUUGAGUCCGCAUAUCUUAGGUGUCCGGCUCCGCGAGUCGGUAAUCCGUGCUGCGGGGAUGAUGAGCUUGACGCGGGACCCGGGGAUCCCUAAGGCCCUGACUGAUGAACAGAAAUCCGCUGUCAACCAGCACCCUCAUCUUGUUGAGCUAGAUCGGCAGGAGCAGGAUCUGUCUCUCAGUAGCUCUGUGGAUGAGGAACAUGAGUUGACGGCCGUUGGAUGCAGGUCAUCCGUGACUGGACUGCACUCUGUCGCCUGCAAGGGAUUCCUAACGGGCAGAAGUCUUCACCUGACACUCUCGUAA